CUAAAUUACUUUCUUUCUUCAAUUGAUAAGUAACAAUUUAGCUUCAGUUUCCACUCUCUUUUUUCUCCCCAAUCAUAUUCACAAGAAUCCUUAACUUCCAAAAACGAGAAAUUUGGGUUUUGGGACGUUUCUCUGAAGCUUCUUUGCAUAUUUUUCCUUUGCCUAUAUAUAUAAAAGCACAUACAUAACACAAAAUCAUAUAUGUCUUUGCCUUUCUUCUGAGCUUCUUAAUAUAUAUAAUCACUAAGCAUGAUGUCUCAGAAAUCUCUCGUCCUUUUCUUGGUUUUCUUUGCUUACCUUCUCUCUUUCUCUCAAGCCUACAGAAACUUCUAUGUUGGUGGCAAAGAUGGCUGGGUUUUGCAGCCUAAAGAGAAGUACAAUGACUGGGCUGGUAGACAAAGGUUCCAAGUCAAUGACACUCUGACUUUCAAAUAUGAGAAAGGAUCAGACUCAGUUUUGCUGGUACACAAAGAUGAUUACUACAAGUGCAACAGAACGAACCCUGUAAAGAAAAUGGACAGUGGAAAUUCUGAGUUUCAAUUUCCUCACUCCGGUCCCUUCUUUUUCAUCAGUGGGAAAGAGGGUCAUUGCCCAAAGGGGCAGAAACUGAUCACCGUUGUUAUGGCUGAGAGAAAGAAAAAAUCACCAACUCAUCCCCCAAAAGCAGCUCCUCCUAUGUACCCUGUUCCGAUUAUCAAGCCUCCAGCAUCAUCCCCAUAUUCAUCACCAGGGCCAGCACAGUCUCCCAAGCAUCAUGGCCCUGUUGCAAAACCUCCUAAAGCAUCAUCUCCAGGUCCAGCUUUGGCUCCUACAUCUCCAACCCCUGUUGCUGAACCUCCCCAAGAAUUAUCUCCAACACCAGCACCAUCUUCCCACAUUUAUCCAGGGCCAGCAAACUCUCCCAAGCAUCAUGGCCCUGUUGCAAAACCCCCCAAAGCAUCAUCUCCAGGGCCAGCUUUGGCUCCCACAUCCCCUUCCCCUGUUGCUGAAUCUCCCAGUGAAUCAUCUCCAACGCCAGCACCAUCUUCCCAUAUUUCUCCAUCUCUAGGACCAGCCCUGUCACCAAUGGCUCAUGGUCCUAUUGCACAUCCUCCUAAAGCAACAUCUCCAUCGCCAGCUUUGUCUCCUAAUUCACCUACACCAUCCUCAUUUCCUCCAUCUCCACAGUCAGCAGCACCCCAAGCUCUGACUCCAUCUCCUUCCAAUGCCCCUGUUGAGUCACCAACGGUCAUAAGCCCACCAGGUCCACCAACAGCUCCUUCUCCUUCUCCAACCGGAUCACCAUCACCAACAGGUUCUCAGGCACCAUCUGGAAGACAAACAGGAUCUCCGGCUCCUUCCACGUCAUUUGCCACUGCAACUUAUUCAAGUGCAACGGUCUUAGCAGGCAGUGUCUUGUUGAGUAUGGUAUUUGGUAGCUUUGUGGGUGCCAUUUAGGAAUAUUGAAUAAUUUAGUGAAGGUUUAAAAAUUAAUGUUUUUGAUAUGGGAAUUUUUAUAGUUGAUUUUUUUUUAAAUCUUAGCUAUUAUCAUAUGUUUUUUAUUAAUUUUAUGAUGUUUAAUGAACAUAUUUAGAGAUUAAACCUUAUAUUUUCCGUGUAUUA